AUGUUCGACAAAUUAAAUAAUGCAAUAGCCAGUAGUUUCAUUGGUAGAUACUUUAAACUUGAAAACAGUGGUGUCCCUAAUGCUCGUAAUACUAGAUUCACCACUGAGCUUCGUGCUGGGUUGGCAACCUUUGUUACUAUGGCUUAUAUUAUUUCGGUUAAUGCAAUAAUCCUUGUUGAUUCAGAUUUAUGUGUCAAUGAUUCUGAUUAUUUAGCUUGUCAAGCAAUAGUGAAGCAAGAUUUAAUUACUGCAACGGCUGCUGUUUCGUGCAUAGCAACCGCUAUUAUGGGAUUAUUUGCAAACUUACCGUUAGCUCUUGCUCCAGGGAUGGGAAUGAAUGCCUACUUCACUUACACUGUAGUUGGCUUUCAUGGUUCGGGUAAAAUUGCGUAUGAAACUGCUAUUGCUGCCGUAUUUGUAGAAGGCCUUCUCUUUGUCUUUUUGUCUGUAUUUGGUCUUCGUCAAUUGCUUGCAAGGCUUAUUCCCAUGUCUAUAAAAAUUGCAACUGGUGCAGGUGUCGGGUUCUUUAUUACCUUUAUUGGAUUACAAAGGAGUGCUGGUAUUGCCCUAAUAAGUCAUGAUCCUUCUACAAUAGUAACUCUUGGUGGCUGUCCUGAUCAAUAUUAUAAUAAAACUACUGGUAUUUGUACCGGUCACAAUAUGGAAAGUCCAACUACUUGGUUAGGGAUUUUCGAUGAAACUGGUGAUUUUGAAGGAUCUACAGCAGCAUUUAUAUGUGAUGCUUCUUCAAUUUCGAUUGGUGCUAUUUUUGGCACAUCUCCUGUUACUACAUAUAUUGAAUCUGGUUCUGGAAUUACUGAAGGUGGUCGAACUGGAAUUACUUCUCUUGUUGUAGCAUUCUUCUUUUUUAUUUCGUUAUUCUUUGCUCCCAUUUUUGCUAGCAUACCUCCGUGGGCUUCUGGUCCUGCCUUAGUGAUUAUUGGUUCUAUGAUGGCAAAGGGUAUUAAAGAUAUUAAUUGGAAAUAUAUUGGUGAUGCUGUGCCUAAAAAAAUAUCAUUCGGACGUAUAUCGCAUGACAAAUCAGAUAAAGAACCUUGGGGUGACUUUAUGAUUGGACCAGGUGGAGAAGGAUUAUUACCUAUGUGGAUUGUUCCCGUUGUAUAUAAGAUUCGUGGAGUGGAAAGAACUGCGGAAAUAAAAGAAUCUGUUGAAAUAAAAGAAACCAAAGAAAUAAGUAAUAUGAAUCGUGAUAUUGCUGUUGAU